AUGGCUAAAUUGCAAGCAGCAACAGUCUCCAAAGUACCUGUAAACCGCAAACGCAAGCGACAGCCAAAGCCCAUCGAAAACUCCACCACAGAAGCCGAUCCCACGACCUGCACUAUCACCACUACCACCACGACAAAAGUUCCCACCAAAAAUCAUGACGGGGGUAGUAACACAAAGAGGUCAAAGGAGGGUUCGAAGCCUGCCCUACUCCGCCGAAAUUCCUCCACGAACCUCAUCGAGACCGAUAUCCCCUGGCCUGACCAUUUCACCUACCUGGCGCAGUUACAUAAGGCAUUGAAUCUUGUUUAUACCUUCUGUUGCACCCGAAAGCACUUCGCGACUACCUGGGAUAACAUCAAGUCUACAGUCGAAGGGCACAUCAAGAAGUCACUCCUGGUAGAAGAUGUGGCGCAGGUGAAGGCUUUAGUACCACGGGCAAUCAACUUUACCUAUGUUGACGAGGAACAUUUAUUGGUGACUCUCAUGGGAGAGGAAGAUGGGGUCAAAGGAGGGCGGGCAGAGCAUUUUCGAUCGCUGCAAGAGGAUGAGAAUGCGCCCAAAAACACAAUGGAAACUCAGAAGGAGAUGCUCUUAUUCGAAUUCAUUGAUGGUGACCUCAAAAGACAAGUGGUGGAUCCCAAGACCGGUCAACCAGUCAAGGUGACACAGAAGCUAAGGAAUGAGGAGCUUAAGAUGCCAGUAUUCAGCCAGAAAUCAAUGUUGAAGUUGAUCGAGAAACGCAAUGCCAAAUUUACGUCAGCCAUCAAUGCCUUCCUGAACCAGUGUGCAGAUGAUGAAGUGGAUGCUGUCGAGAAAAUUUUGGAAGCGAAACAGCAGUAUAUCCCAUAUCCCUCUACGAGCCGGGCAACUUCGCCAGGGGCAGAAUUGGCGGGUCCCCCUAAAUCUAUACCUGAAGAACGUCUAUCAAUAUCCGAGAUUGUCAAGGAGAUCACAGAGAUGGAAUGGUAUACAAACCAAAUAGUACCCGAUGGCCACCGAGUCUUCGAUCCACAGCCGGCCAUCUACAAUGAGCUUACGUUUCAAUUGUCCCAAAACCUUGUCAACGCACUUUACAAUAGCCGAGGUAUCACACAGCUGUACUCUCAUCAAGCUGAGGCAAUCAAUAAUCUCCACGAUGGGUACAAUGUGAUCGUUGCAACAUCAACCAGUUCUGGAAAGUCAUUGAUUUAUCAAAUCCCGAUGCUUCACGAACUUGAGCGGGAUCCUGAAAGCAGGGGUAUGUACAUCUUUCCAACAAAAGCGCUCGCACAAGACCAGCGACGAAGUAUGAAAGAGUUGUUGAAGUAUAUCCCGGACUUCGAGAAUGUCAUCGUUGAGACUUUCGACGGUGAUACCCCCAUGAAAGACAGAAACCUAAUUCGUGAUGAAGGACGUAUCAUCUUUACGAAUCCAGACAUGCUUCACAUCACUAUUCUACCACAAGAAAGCAGUUGGAGAGCCUUUUUGAGGAAUCUCAAAUUUGUUGUUGUCGACGAGUUGCAUGUAUACAAUGGUCUUUUUGGAGCCCAUGUCGCUUUCAUCAUGCGGCGGUUACGACGGAUAUGCGCGGCCGUAGGAAAUCGUAAGGUCAAGUUCAUUUCCUGCUCAGCCACGGUGGCUAACCCCGAAGAGCAUAUGAAGACAGUCUUUGGUGUUGAUAAGGUCAGGUUGACAGAUUAUGAUGGCUCGCCAUCUGGCCGAAAGGAGUUCAUUUGCUGGAACACACCCUACAAAGAUCCUGGUGAUCCCUCAUCAGGGCGUGGGGACACGUUCGCCGAAACGGCUCGUUUGAUUUGCCAAUUGAUUCUCAGAGGCGUGCGAACGAUUGCGUUCUGUCGAGUUCGAAAACAAUGCGAAGUACUGCUCAGUGCGGUGAAGGCCGAGUUUGCUGCACAAGAAAGGCCAGAGUGUGCAGCUCUUGUCAUGGGUUAUCGUGGUGGAUACUCAGCACAAGACCGUCGGCGCAUUGAGUCUGAGAUGUUUGGUGGAAAGCUAAUGGGGAUUGUUGCAACCACGGCUCUCGAGCUAGGUGUUGACAUCGGAUCUCUGGAUGCUGUUGUGACCAUGGGUUUCCCCUACACAAUCGCCAAUCUAAGACAACAAAGUGGCCGAGCCGGCAGGAGAAACAGAGAUUCACUCUCUGUCCUGGUCGGUGAUUGCUUCGCGGUCGAUCAGUAUUAUAUGCAGAAUCCGGACGAGAUUUUCACAAAGCCCAACUGUGAGCUUCAAGUCGAUCUCACCAACGAGCUUGUAGUUGAAGGUCAUGUCCAGUGUGCGGCGUUCGAGAUGCCGAUUCAACCAGACGAAGAUGUCAAGUUUCUGGGCAAGAUGUUACCAGAUAUCUGCAGCUCCCGACUUUCCUAUGACCCGAUUGGAUUCUAUCACUGUAAUGAAAGAUUUCGGCCCUCACCUUCCAAAUGCGUCAGCAUCAGAGACACAGAAGAUGGCCACUUCGCGGUUGUAGACAUUACCCAUGGUCGGAAUAUUGUGCUGGAAGAAGUUGAGCCCUCUCGCGCUUUCUUCACCCUUUACGACGGGGGAAUCUUCCUCCAUCAAGGCCGUACAUAUAUGGUCAAGGAGUUCUCUCCAGAGAGGAGAAUUGCCCGGGUGCAGCUCGUCAAAGUCGAUUGGACAACGCAGCAAAGAGACUACACGGACGUCGACCCUAUCGAAACGGAGCAGGUCCGUCGCGUGUCGGCCAACUCUUUGACAAAAGCGUAUUUUGGUCGAAUCAAAAUCCAUGCCGUAGUCUUCGGUUUCUUCAAACUCGAUCAAAAGCGACGUAUCUUGGACGCCGUGGCUGUUGAUAAUCCGCCGGUUAUCAUAUUCUCCCGGGGUUUAUGGCUGGACGUACCCAAAUUUGCACUUCAGAUUCUUAAAGACAAGCGGCUGAAUCUUGCUGCUGGGAUCCACGCCGCCGAACAUGCUCUGAUGAGCCUAAUGCCUCAAUUUGUUGUUUCGAUGCCCGGCGAUGUCCGCACAGAGUGCAAGAACGCACUUAAGGAAUUCGCCAAGAAAGAAACCCAGAGGAAGAGACCGGCUCGCUUAACAUUCUAUGAUUCCAAGGGCGGUGCUGCAGGUUCUGGUAUUGCGGCAAAAGCCUUUGAAUUCAUCGACGUGCUUCUGGAGCGUGCCGUGCAACGUGUUUCGGCCUGUCACUGCAUCGAAGGCUGCACAGAGUGCAUCUGUGACGAGCGAUGUAAGGAGAAUAAUAUGAUUAUGAGUAAAGCAGGUGCAGAGGUGAUUCUGCGAUCUCUCAUCGGCGCGGAGAUUGACAUUGAUGCAUUGCCAGAGGGUGAAGAGGAGCGAGUCCCUGCCGGGAUAGAAACGGUGAUUUUCGCAGAGGAGAUCAUGGGUAGAAAUGGUCGGAGAGUCGAGGAGGGAGAAUACCUCAAGAGGGAGAAAAAAGAUGACGAAGCUAUUGUUAUCAAAGAUGAGCCUGACGAUUGA